AUGACGAACAACAACGGCGAUGAACAAUGUGGAAGCGCUAAAUAUGCACUGAAAGCGUCUGGAGAUAAAGAUUUUUGCUCAUCUUAUCGCGUAUAUACUCCUCAAUUAAUAGAUAUCCAUGAAAUGAGAACAUUACGAGAAGCGAUAAAUCGUAGCGAACAGCAUCUCCAACAACAAGGACACAUGCGUGUCUACGUGCCUCGAGUAUCAUCAACUGCAAACAAAUCGCAUCAAUAUCGCAGCUUGCCCCGAAAUUAUCAAGCAACUAGCAAGCUGACAAUUUCAGCGGACUCGUCUCCACGUAUGCAUUCCGGGUUCAGUCCUCUUCCUGACAUAAAAAAGAGCCCUUUGGGAAGACCAACGCGUACUGGAGCUAAAGUUAGCGAGUUCAAGACAGCCUUACGAAAAGAAUCACGGCAAGUUCGAGGUUAUGUUACUUUUUUAGUUUUUUGUUAUUACGAUCAAACUGAUAUAUCCUUUUGUACGCGAUCAAGAACUAAAGCGUUGUUACGAAGAUACAAAGCGAGCGCUGUUGGACGUACGUACGAUUGA